AUGUUGAGACAAAAGGCAUUCAUGAAGAAGACAAAGUCCGGCAAGGUGCUGAAGGUCGUCAAGGAGCACUAUCUCCGCGAUGAUAUCUGGUGCUCGGUCGAGACCUGUAAGGUCUGCGAACAUACUGAGCCCGUCCUCAGCGCUGUCCCCUCUAUCAACAAGGCCUUCCGCCUUCCUCACUACAUCAUCCCUGAUACCAACAUUUUUAUCAAUCAGAUUGACGUAAUGGAGCACCCAUUGAUCACGAAUGUGAUUGUGCUGCAGACGGUGCUGGAGGAAGUCAAGCAUCUGUCAUUACCGAUCCAUCAAAGAGUCCGGGAUAUGAUCGCCAACAAGGAAAAGCGCUUCUAUGUCUUCUCGAACGAGCAUCACCGUGGAACGUUUAUCGAAAAACUCAAGGACGAAUCGCCCAAUGACAGGAAUGAUCGUGCCAUUCGCGUUGCCACAAAGUGGUAUGGAAACCAUAUCAAGGAUCUCAAUCCCAGAGUCUCGGUCGUCAUGAUGACCGAUGAUGCCGGAAACAGGGACAAGGCAACCGCCGACGGUCUUCAAGCCAUCUCUGUCAAGUGGUAUAUCGAGGCGCUGGAUAACACCGAGAUUUUGGACAUGAUGUCAAGCGCUAAGGAUCUGGACGAUGGACAAAAGACAAUCUACGACGAGCACCUGUCGCCAGCUCAUGUUUCAAACGGAAUCAAGUCUGGAAAGUACCUGCAAGGAAAGCUCGGAAUCAGCAGCCACAACUACUUGGAGGGCUCGAUUUACACCAAGAUCAAUGGAGAGGAGGGAACGAUUUUGAUUGUUGGACGCUCAAACUUGAACCGUGCUGUCGAUGGAGAUAUCAUUGCAGUGGAGCUUUUGCCCAAAUCAGAAUGGAGAACCACCCCUACAGGCGUUGUCGUGGAUGAGGAGGAGGAGCAGGCCGAGGAGGAGAGCUUGAAGGCCGAGCAAGAGGCCGCUGCUACUGCUGUAAAGGAGGACGCUGUUAUGGCUGAACCCGAGGCUGAGAAGCCUGCUGCUGUGGAGACUCACAAGCUGGAUACACCUCAACCCUGCGGAAAGGUUGUCGGAAUCAUUCGUCGCAACUGGAGACAGUACUGUGGUUUCAUUGACCGCAAGUCUGUUCAUACCCCUGCAGGAUCAAGCGCCCCCGUCAACGUUUUGUUCUAUGCCAUGGAGUCAAAGAUCCCCAAGAUCAAGAUCAGGACCCGUCAGGCCCACGCGCUAUUGGGCAAGCGUAUCAUUGUCGCGAUCGAUUCGUGGCCCAGGACUUCUCGCUACCCUAUUGGACAUUUCAUCCGCGCACUGGGAGAGGCAGGAGACAAGUCGACCGAGACAGAGGUUCUUUUGCUGGAGCACGAUGUUCCUUUCCACGAGUUCUCCAAGCAAGUUUUAAGCUUCCUCCCUGUCGAGGGUGAAAACUGGGUUGUCCAGCCCGAGCACUUUGCUGGUCGCGAGGAUUUCCGCUCCUUGAACGUUUGCAGUAUUGAUCCCCCAGGAUGUACCGAUAUCGAUGAUGCCCUCCAUGUCGUCCCUCUCGCUAACGGAAACUACCAGGUCGGUGUCCAUAUCGCCGAUGUUACCCAUUUCGUCAAGCCCGGCAACGUCAUGGAUCAAGAGGCUGCCAGUCGUGGAACCACUGUCUACUUGGUCGACAAGAGAAUCGACAUGUUGCCCUCGCUGUUGGGUACCAACCUGUGCUCGUUGAGAUCGAACGUGGAGCGUCUUGCCUUUUCUUGCAUCUGGGAACUCAACAAGGAUGCCGAGAUCGUUAACGUCCGCUUCACCAAGAGUGUGAUCGCCUCUAAGGCUUCGCUUACCUACGAGGAGGCCCAGAACAGGAUCGAUGACGCCAACAUGCAGGACGAUGUCACUUCAGGAAUCAGGAUCCUCAACAUGUUGGCCAAGAAGUUGAAGCAGCGCCGUCUCGAUAUGGGAGCUUUGACUUUGGCCAGUCCCGAGGUUCGUUUCAGUUUGGAGCGCGACACCCAGGACCCCGUGGACGUGGAGAUGAAAGAGCUCAAGGAGACCAACGCUCUGGUCGAGGAGUUCAUGUUGUUGGCCAACAUCUCUGUCGCCCGCAAGAUCUACGAAAAGUUCCCGGACUCGGCCAUGCUGCGAUGCCAUCCCCAGCCACCCAGCGCCAACUUUGAGAAGCUCGAGAAGGCUGUCGCUCGUUUCGGAAUUGAUAUUGACCACUCGACCUCAAAGACGCUUUCAGACUCGCUGGACAAUGCCGUCUUGCCCGAGGAGCCCUACUUCAACAAGCUGUUGCGUAUCAUGACGACCCGUUGCAUGAUGCAGGCCUUGUACUUUUGCUCGGGUGCCCAGAUUGAACAAGAGUUUAGACAUUAUGGUCUUGCCACCGACAUUUACACCCAUUUCACCUCACCCAUUCGUCGUUACUCUGAUGUGAUGGUCCAUCGUCAGUUGCAUGCUGCCAUUGACUCGAGCCUUGCCUAUGGCGAUGAGUUGACCGACAAGGAGAAGAUGAACGACCUGUGUGGAAACUUGAACCAUCGUAACCGCAUGGCCCAGCAGGCCGCAAGAAGCUCAGUCGAGCUGUUCACACACCUGUUCUUCAAGAACAAGACCGAGGAGGAAGAAGGAUAUGUCAUCCGCAUCCUCAAGAACGCCUUCAUUGUCCUCAUCCCUAAGUACGGUAUCGAGGGUAUUAUCUAUGCCAGCGCCAAGGUCCCCAAGACUGCCGACUCUGGAGAUGCAGCAGCACAGCCACAGCCUAUCUUGGUGUACAAUCCCGAGACGGAUUGCUUGCAGUCGACUGAGACUCUUGCAGAGGGCGAGACGCCCAAGACGCAGGUGCAGCUGUUCCAGAAGGUGAUGGUCCAGAUCUCGAUUGAUGAUGAUCUCAAGGGCGGUGGAGAGGGUGGUAUGCGCCAAAAGUUGAAGAUGGAGCUUUUGAAGCCCUGGAUUGAGGGUAUUAGUGUCCAUGGUAUUUCUAACAAGGAUGAUCCUGAGGCCCAUGCUCUCACCUCGAAGAAGCGUGAGGAGGCGCCGGGUCAGGAUCAGGACAAGAAGCGCGCAGGGAAGCGUACCAAGGCUUGA